AUGCCCAAUAUCUUCUUCCCGGAUUAUUUUGGGUCCAAGAGGCGUGGCGUGAAAAUUGUCUUUGAUUUGAUGGCUGUCAUGGAUGAUGUUGGGAUUGAUGCGAGCUCGGACAUCGAUGUGGAUGACUUGAGAGUCGACCCAAACAUAGACGAAAAGGAUGUUAGUGAUGAGGAGAUCGACCCAGACGAGCUCGAGAAGCGGAUGUGGAAGGAUAGCAUCAAACUCAAGCGGAUCAAGGAACGGCAAAAGCUCGCAUUACAGCAAAAACAGAAAAGCAAUUCCACCUCCGACCAGGCCAGGCGGAAGAAGAUGGCCCGAGCCCAAGACGGCAUCCUCAAGUACAUGCUUAAGCUCAUGGAGGUCUGCAAGGCCCGUGGGUUUGUCUAUGGCAUCAUCCCAGAGAAGGGAAAGCCCGUCAGUGGCUCAUCUGACAACAUUCGGGCCUGGUGGAAGGAGAAAGUCAAAUUCGACAAGAAUGGGCCCGCCGCCAUCGCUAAGUACGAGGAGGCUGAGUACCGGUUGAUCGAGAGCGGGUGUGGGGCCCAAGGCGGAAGCCCGCAAAGCGUGCUGCAGGACUUGCAGGAUGCAACCUUGGGUUCUCUUCUGUCUUCAUUGAUGCAGCACUGUGACCCGCCUCAACGCAAGUAUCCGCUGGAAAAGGGUGUGGGCCCACCCUGGUGGCCCACGGGGAAUGAGGAAUGGUGGGCCCAAUUGGGGCUGCCUAAGGGACAGAGUCCUCCAUACAAGAAGCCACAUGAUCUGAAGAAGAUGUGGAAAGUCGGGGUUUUGACUGCUGUCAUAAAGCACAUGUCGCCUGAUAUAGCGAAAAUAAGGAGAUUAGUUAGGCAGUCGAAGUGUUUACAGGAUAAGAUGACGGCUAAGGAGACGUCUAUAUGGUUAGGUGUUUUGAGCAGGGAGGAGGCUCUUGUUCGACAGCCGAGCAGUGAAAAUGGUUCGUCAGGGGUUAGCGAGUUGCCUUUGAAAAAACGAGAUAAGAAGAAAAUAAGUGCUGAUAGUGAUAGCGAUUAUGAUGUUGAUGAGGUCAGGGACGGGCUAAGGUCCGUUUCGUCUAAAGAUGAUAGGAAGAAUAAGUGUCUUGAUAUUGUACCGGGGGAGCCUGACAUUGAUGUUACUCAUCAGGUUGUCAAAAAGGACAAAGGAGAGCAUACAAUCAAGCGGCCACGUAAAAGAAAGUGCUUGAAGCCCAGCUCCAAUAACCUACCGCCUUUGCCGUCUCCUGUGGAAGAUCAAGGAAAUGAUCCUACACAAACGGUCCUGAAUGAAAACCAAAACGACAUGCAAUUGGCGGAACAUUUGACAAAUGAGAGCCAAAUAAUGGCGAUGAGGUCCCAGGAAAACAAUGCUCAGUGCCAACCGUGCUUAGUUGAACCUGAUAUUAACUUUUUUCACUCACCUAGUCCGGUAAUCCCAUUUGACCGUGUUUCCCUCAAUAAUGAACCAUUAAAUUACCCGGCAAUUCAAUCUGUUGUCAAACCGUCUAGUUCACAUUUGAUCCGCGCCCCUCAAGAGGACCAGUCACAUGAUAACCUUGAGAAAACUCAAAUUCCCGUAUUGCAACAUCAACUUCAAGAUCCUGUUUUGCCUAACGGGCCUCCAAACUCUCUAUGGCCACAAGGACCUCAAGAUUCUACUUUAUCCCAUGGAUUUGAAAAUACCGGGCUGCAACAUGGAUCACCCUAUCCCUAUGGCUUUUACAUUCCCCCGGCUGCAGGUGGGCUGAGCCAUCAAGGACAACGGUCAGCAGCCAUGUUCAACGAAGUGCAGUUUGAACCACUGGAUUUGGGAUUUCAGUCGCCUGUGUUACCAGUAAAUGGAAAUGAUCUUUAUGUGGGAAAUCAUUUCCCGCAUCCAGUGCAAGAAGGGUUCCCACGUGAGCCGGAUAGACUGGUCAAGACUGAGUUACCAGGAAAGAGUCUUUCAUUUGAUGGCACAAGCUCGUUGGAUUUUGGGGACUUUGAUUUUAUGUUGAAUGAUAGCUCAAUUGAUGCGCUUAUGGAGUACUUUGCCUCAUGA